ACUGGUACUAAUUGAAGCUGAUUGGAUUAGAUGAAGCAUAGUACUUUUACGUAAGCAGAGCUCAAAAAGAACCUGCAGCAUAUAUUCACCUAUUGCGUACGUAAAGAUUUGAUCAGAACCUAUUAUUAUUAUUGCUAGCUAUAAUACCUAUCAUCGCGUUGGACUUGGAGUUUUCAUAUUACAGCAGAAUUGUACAGUCUUUUAAGUACACUUUGUACAAUACAACAAGCCAAGAGAAGCAAAAAUAUUAAGAGCAUUAAUUAAUGAAUAAGCUUAGCCUGUGCCAAAAAUUUAAUGUGGUUUGCCUUUGCCCAUUGAGAUUCAACUCAAGAGAGGAAGAAGAAGAAGAAGCCAAAGUUAGAAAACUAUCUCUGCAUAUAACCGUUGCUUCAACACGCGUCUCAAAAACUCCUAGCUUUUAUUGUCUUCUUAAGUACCAACUUAUCUUUGUAUUCAUCUCUUCUUUAUCUCUUUUUAUUUGGCUUCUUUAGCUUUUUUUAAACUAACCCCUUUCCUCAAAGUUUACACCCAUUACUAGCUACCUCCCUUCACUGUUUCUUGAUUUUCCGGCGAAGGUUACAGCUUGUUGAAUGUGUAAUCAGUCGCCGGCGGCAAGGUGAACCCAUGUCUCAGAAAGCUAUGGUUCCCGCCGGCGCCGGCAACAGAAAUGGGGGUCAGCUGUAUCCUCCACCACUGGCUUCACAUGAGAACAUUGUUAAUGACCAAAAUCUGUUCAGGGAGUGUCUCAAGAAUUUCCACUCUGUCAUGGGUACAAAGUACACGGUUCCUGUGAUUGGAGGGAAGGAGCUAGAUUUGUAUGUUCUCUAUGUAGAGGUGACUAAAAGGGGUGGCUUUGACAAGGUUGUGGAAGAGAAGAAAUGGAGAGAAGUGAGUUCAGUAUUCAAGUUUUCUCCAACCACAACUAGUGCUUCAUAUGCACUGAGGAAACACUAUUUCACUUUGCUUCAUCGGUUUGAACAAGUUUACUUUUUUAGACGUGAAACUCCCUUGCUUGACAAAACUCCAGUUUCACAGAGUUUCCAAGCCGAAGGGACAAUUGAUGGCAAAUUUGACUGUGGUUAUUUGGUGUCCAUCAAAAUGGGAUCUGAGGUUCUCAAUGGAGUACUUUACCAUCCAAACCAACCUGCUGCUCCCUCUUCUUCUAAAUCAACUGCACAAAAUUGCAGUGCAAUUGUACCUUACAAUCCACCACCUCACCACCACUCGGGACGGAGGAACAGGAGGAGGAAGGGAGGAGAUCCAAAUCGCCCGAAACCUAAUAGGAGUGGAUACAACUUCUUCUUUGCUGAAAAACAUUCCAUGCUCAAAUCUCUCUAUCCAAGUAGAGAGAGGGAAUUCACAAAGAUGAUAGGAGAAUCUUGGAACAAUCUCUCUCCCGAAGAAAAAAGGGUAUAUCAAGACUAUGGGGUGAAAGACAAGGAGAGGUACCAGAAGGAGAUGAAAGAGUAUAAGGAAAGAAUGCAGAUUACAUCUUGCUACUAAAGGUAGAAAAGAAGCAAGGUAUACUUCAUUUUGCAUGAAGAGAUCAACAUGUAAAUUUUGCAUUCCAACGUAGUUCAAAAGUGCAGCUUUUCCGUGGAUCAAACAUUGUUAUAGCUGUGAUGUAAACUAGUCCAGUACUAUUUUGAAAAAUGCAGCUUUUUGCAUGUGUUUUCCUAGA